GCUUGCUCAUGUUUGCCAUUCCCUACAAAGACCUGCCCAUUCUCCUUGAUAACACUCACAGCUGAGCACACCUGUUCAGAACAAAAAGGUUCAGUAUUCUUCUGUUCUUACCUCAAUUUAAUAGUUUCUCUGUGGAAAAGUUUGCUUUGUGGAAAAGAGUGGAAGCUAAUCUAUCUGAACCAAGAUCGCAGAAAACGCGAAUACCAUUGGGAGUGACAAUGAGCACCAAGGAAGAGAAGACAGUCAAAGGGAUGACAGAUUCUUCCAUCUGCCUCCUCCCCGAGAAGCACUUUUUGUGCCUCCUCUGCAGAGACAUCUUCACCAACCCAGUGACCAUUCCCUGUGGACACAGCUUCUGCUUGACUUGUCUCAGCCAGUUCUGGACUCAACGCCAAUCCAAAUACUGCCCUGACUGUAGAAGAUUGUUUACCAAAACGCCUGACCUCAGUGUCAACCAUAUUUUGGCAGAUAUUUCCGAAAAUUAUAGAACAGCACGACCUCAGAAACCACCGGAAGAAGAGAAGGCUAUAGAUGUUAAGCAAAUGAUCAAGGACAGGCUGCAGAAAAUAGAGAGGCUAAAAUGUUCUCUGGAUGUCCAAAAGAGUUCUUACCUGCGUGAGGUGCGCGAGAGUCAAAAGGUCUUCUCGGCCCUGGUGUGUGCUAUGGAGGAGACUCAUAAAGCUGUUGUCUCUGCGAUUGAAGAGAAACAAAAGGAGCAAGAGCAAAGAGUGCAAACACUGAUAAAAGACAUCAAGGAAGAGAUUGGGCAACUGAGGAACCACAUGAAUCAACCCGAUCCUCAGGCUUUUGAUCAAAAUGACGACAUGAAGCAAGUCCCCUUACCCACUAACAUGAGGGACUGGUCCAAGGUCAGCAUUGAAACAGAUCCUUGUAUUGGAGUCACAAGAAGAGCAAUGUCAGACAUCUUGGAAAAAAUUAAAUUAGAAGUCAACAGGCUUUCCAAAGCUGAACUAAGAAGACUUGAGAAGUAUACAGUGGAGGUGAACCUAAGCGGAAAGACGGCCCACCCUUUCCUUUCCGUCUCAGAUGAUCGGAAACGAGUGAGGCACACCGACAAGCUUCAGGAGGUUCCAGAUCAUCCCACACGCUUUGACCGUGUGGCCAAUGUACUGGGCAAGGAAGGCUUCAGUAGUGGGAGGUGCUACUGGGAGGUGGAGGUUGGUGACAAGAUUGAGUGGAACCUGGGCGUUGCCAGGCAGUCCAUAAACAGGAAAGGCAAGUUCACUGUUUGCCCAGCCAAUGGCUUCUGGACUUUGAGCCUGAAGAGUGUAGGCCAGUAUGUUGCCAACACCUCUCCGGUCACUUUUGUGGCUCUUGAGCAGCGGCCUAGAACUGUGGCAGUGCUCCUGGAUUACGCCGAAGGCCGUGUGUCCUUCUACUGCGCCGAAUCAGGAAUGCACAUUUACACCUUCACGGAUAGGUUUAAAGACCGGCUUCACCCAAUUUUCAGUCCUGGACGUCUGCAUGGUGGCAAGAACGCAGCCCCACUGAUCAUCACUUCAAGCUUCUGCAGCAUUUGAGCAUCUGUGUUUGACGUUCCCUCUUAGUAUUUAUCUGAUUCUGUCUAAUUUAUUAAAUGAGAUGUAUAUUGUACAAUCUUCAAUAAACCGCAUAUUAUUCUGUGAAAAUAACUGAUUCGUUACACUUGAGAACUACAGUAAAUCCCAUGAAACAAAUAACAAAGAAAGGUAAAAUGUUAAAGUAAAGAAGAUGCCCUCGAAUAAGAGGAGAUAAAGGGAUGGAUGUGUAGGGCUGCAGAGUUGGGACAGAGGGGGCACAGCCAAACAGCAGGGCAUUGUGUUCAUACACCAGGCACUGGGAGACACACAAUGACACAUUCGUGCACACACACACAAGCUCGUGCUUCUGCCCACCGCCACACAGACUCAAGCUGGCAUCUCUUGAGGGCAGCCCCAUCUCCAGCCCAGUCCGGUCCUGUCCAGGGUGUUGGAAGCUGAUCGUACCUCUCUGCUGCAGUUCACCCGACCUCUGACAGAGAGCCUCACAGCCCUGAUGCCUUUCUGCUGACAUUGCUGAACUCUCAGGGCAACUCCAGGCAUCGUCUGCUGGAAGGAGCAAUAAACAAACACACCUGUGGAUCAUCUCAAGGAGGAGAAGUGAGGAGGAAUUUCUUGUGGAACCCAAGCUGAUCUCAUCAACAUUGACACAGAGGAAGGAAUAAGACCCAAACAUU